AUGGCUUUCACAACUGUUAGGUUUGAAGAGACCCCAGCAGAAAGUUCUGAACUCGUUGAAGUUCCCAUUUCCUACCACCUAAAGCACCCAUCAACCCCGCAUCUCAAAACUCUCGAUGAAUAUCUUCGUCUUUACAGAAAAUCUAUUGAGUUUCCAGAUGCUUUUUGGUCAGCGAUGGCAACGGCGUCUCUCAAAUGGGAGACCUUGUUUGAACGAGUCCAGCAUGGGAGUCUUGAAACGGGUGACCAUGCCUGGUUUAUAGGAGCUAAGCUAAACGCCUGCUACAAUUGUGUCGACCGUCACGCGCUCGCAAACCCGGACAAGGUGGCAAUGCUCUACGAGCGUGAUACACCCGGAAACGCACCCGACAAAGUCACAUACGGAGAACUACUUCGGGAUGUCUCCCGGCUUUCAUGGGUGUUGAAAGAUAUGGACGUGAGGAAGGGCGACAUUGUAACCAUCUACAUGCCGAAUGUCCCCGAGGCAGUCGUUGCUAUGCUAGCCUGUGCUCGUAUUGGGGCCGUCCAUUCCGUUGUCUUCGCUGGCUUCUCUGCUCCAUCACUCCGGGGCCGACUGGAAGAUGCCCGCUCGAGAGUUGUCUUGACUGUGGAUGAACAUGUCAGGGGAGGGAAAACAAUUCCCAUGAAAAGCACUGUCGAGCAAGCACUGAGUGGGUGCGACAACAGUUCCGUGCGGUGUCUGGUCCUGAGAAAGACUGGGAACCCCAUCCCCUGGUCCGAGAGGAGCUCAGACUUCUGGUGGCACGAGGAAUGUUUCAAGUGGCCCGGUUAUUAUGAACCAGUGCCUGUGGGUGCCGAGCAUCCCUUGUAUAUGCUCUAUACAUCGGGCUCGACGGGAAAGCCAAAAGGCCUCAUGCACUCCACAGGCGGGUAUCUGCUGGGGAGCGCGGUGUCAGGAAAUUAUGUCCUAGACCUACAUCCUUCAGACACCAUGUUUUGCGCAGGAGAUGUGGGAUGGAUUACAGGACAUAACUAUGUCGUCUACACUCCUCUUGUUUUGGGGGUCACCACUGUCAUCUUUGAGGGGACCCCGUCCUUCCCGGAUUAUGAUCGAUUUUGGCAGAUUCUUGACCGAACCAAGGCGACGCACUUUUAUACGGCACCUACUGCCCUGAGAAUGGUGAAGAAGGCGAGACCCAAUGGCAACGCCAUGAAAAUGGACCGAUUGAGAGUCAUCGCGUCGAUUGGGGAGCCCCUCGCCCCCAACGUAUGGCAGUGGUGCUACGAGGUCCUGGGACAAAAGGAGGUGCAUGUCCUUGAUACCUACUUUCAGACCGAGACGGGCUGCCACGCCUUCUCGCCUAUGGCGGGCAUUACACCAGCCAAGCCAGGCAGCGUUGCUCUGCCUUUCUUCGGCUUCAAUCCAGCUCUAAUCGAUCCUGACUCCGGGCAGGAGAUUGAGGCAGACGCUACGACUGGGGUGUUGACUUUUAAACAACCUUGGCCGAGCAUCGCUCGCACCGUGUGGAGAGACCAUGCACGGUAUAUGAAGACUUAUUUCGAGGUUUACCGGGGAUAUUUUAUGACCGGCGACAGCGCCGUCCGAGACCCUGAUGGUUACUACAGAAUCCUGGGCAGAGUCGAUGAUGUCGUCAAUGUUUCGGGCCAUAGAUUGUCGACAGGUGAAAUCGAAGCGGCACUAUUAGACCACGGUGCCUUUGCUGAAGUGGCCGUGGUUGGCAGUCCGGAGGAAAGGACCGGUGAGACUCUGAAUGUGUUUGCAUGCAGGAAAGAUCAGGUCGAUUCCGACCGAUCGCAGCUCUGUACAUCUGCUAUCGAGCAUGUCGGAAGCACCAUUGGUCGGUUUGCCAUUCCCAAGCAAGUCUUCUUCGUCAGCGAUCUUCCCAAAACACGAUCGGGAAAGAUCAUGAGGCGGCUUUUGAGGAAGGUGCUCGAGGGUGAACGGAACGAGCUGGGGGAUACAUCGACCCUGCUGCGGCCAAGCAUAAUGACGGAUAUCAUUAGUGAACUUGAGAAUCAGGGCAAGACACCGCAAGCCCCCAGUGCUGGCAAUAUCCCACCCCCCAAUCAGCCCAGCGUCAGCGUCCCAUACCCAUUUGAAGGCUACAACCUGACUGCUCUUGACCACAUCCUUCCACCGUGCCACAUGUUCAUGUUCCUCACUCUCGAAAACGCCUCCCGGGAAGGGAUCGAUGUCCUGAAAGGGGGAGUCCAGCGUCUGGGCCAGCAUUUCCCAUUUUUGACAGGGGUGGUCGUCCCAUCCAGCCAGGCAGCGGGUAAAGAAGGGGUAUUUGAAGUCCAACCCGUGAGUUCAUCCUUCCUGGAACUAUACCCAAUGCUCCAGAUCGAUUAUGGUCCAGAAUUGGACGACAUCUCGCCAGACGACUUCAUUCAGCAGCAAUAUCUCCCGAUUCCGUUUCUGAUGGCUCCCACGGACCCAAUGCCGUUGAUUCGCUUCAAGGCCAACGUGACAAAAAACAGGAUCAUCCUUUGUGUGGUCUAUUACCACAAGGCCUUGGACAGCACGAGUGUGUCAAUCACUCUCAGGGCACUUGCGGAACUUUGCAAACAUUCUGAAUUAUCUCCCAACCUCCUGCCCAGCAGUGUGAGAGCGGAGGAAUCAUCUCGACACCAUCUUGCAAAUCCGGCAGCUGGGGAGCCCCUGCCGCUCAAUUGGACAUUGGCUCCUCUUUCACUCGACCCUAAGCUACCUGAAGACCCCGGUAAAGUUCCAACGAGUCGGCGAUUCAGUCUCAGUUACGAAAAGGUCACCCUGCUGAAAGAUGCCUGUAAUGCAGUUCUGGCAGCUCUCCCUCUGAUUGACGGUAAUACCAGGCCGCUGCUUCUGACAUCGAAUGAUAUCCUCACAGCCCUGGUCGGGCUCUGUGGGAACAAGGCGCGUUUGGAUACCGUGCCUGAACACGUUCCCUCGCCCAAGGUGAUCAUCGCCGCGAACGUGCGCAAACAGUGCCGCCUCCCUGAAACAUACAUGGGCAAUGCCCUGGUAGCGGUGGAAUCCCCCUACGAUACCAAUUCAUUUCCCAAGGCGGCGGUGCCUCCGGACCUCCCGGGGACGUUGAACAAGCAGCUGGCGUGCCUUUACAACAUAGCCCUGUCGCUCCGGAGACAGGUCAAUACUCUUACUGAAAGCUACAUGCAAGGCAUUUUGCGCACCAUCUCGGCAUCCCACGAUCUGUCCACAUGUUUCCCCGAUUACGGAAAUAGUAUCAUCGUGUCGAAUCUGCGGUGGAUGGACUUUUACCUUGACUUUGGACCGCUUGGCAAGGUCCAACGAUACGAUAUCCCGGAAAACAAGGUGCCGGGGGUGUGUUGGAUUCUACCAGCUCGUGCCAGCUCCGAUCCAUUUGAGAUGAGAGUCGUGCUGGAGAAGGUGGCUGUAGAACGGCUGCAGGAAGACAGUUUGUUCCAGUGGAUGUUAACAGCGUAG